AUGGGUGGCAUUAUUCCAGCACUGAAGAAGAAUAAGGUGGGGGCAGUGGUGGUCUCUGUGUUUGAUUGGUAUCCCUCCCACUAUCCAGCGGCGGAGAGAAAACUGCUCAGAAAACUGGACUUGGCGAUUCUCGUCUUCGGAUGUUUGAGUUUCUUUUGUAGAUUCCUCGGGCAGCAAAAUGUCACAAAUGCAUACGUCUCGGGGAUGAGAGAAGACCUUGGCGCUUGGGGUAAUGAGCUCAAUUACUAUGUUGUGGCUUACAACACGGCUUAUGUGAUCGGGCAAAUCCCACUCAUGACUCUUCAGACCAAAGCCAAGAUUGCACCGUUCCUUCUUCCUUCCCUGCAAAUCAUCUGGGCAGUCAUUGCUUUCUGUCAGUCGGAGAUCAAGCAUAGCUGGCACCUCUACAUCUUGCGGGCCAUCACUGGCUUUCUUGAGGCUUCAUCCUUUGGAGGCACUCAUCUCAUUCUUGGCAGUUGGUUCAAGAACGAGGAGCUCUUCAAGCGUGCCGGCGUCUGGUUCAUGGGCAACUCCCUCGGGUCCAUGUUUAGCGGUUACCUGCAGGCGGCGAUCUACCGCAACAUGAAUGGCGUUUUUGGGCGUGCUGGGUGGCGCUGGUUGUUUAUCGUUCAAGGAAUAAUCACGUUGCCCAUUUCCUUCAUGGGCUUCGCGUUCUGGCCCGGACUACCCACCUCACCAAGGAGGUGGUACUUCACCCCAGAAGACCAUGCCCUUGCUGUCAAGAGAAUUCCGACCGUCGAACAAGAAGGCAUCACCUGGAAGACCUUCAAGUACACGCUCUCUCGCCCGAUGUGGUGGAUUUGUGUCCCCUGUUACAUCUUUUUAUGCCAGGCGACUUACUGGACGGGCUACAUGGCCCUGUGGCUCCGUGCUUCUGAUUAUUCAAUCGAGUUGGUCAACAUUCUGCCGACCUUUAUCGAUCUUCUGCGCGCUUUGUCCUCGUGGCUUGGGACCACAUUGGCUGGCUGCUUGAGUCUUCGUGGAAUCUGGUCCUUCCAAGCGUCCUUCGUGCUGUUUGCAUGCAUCGUUCUCUCGGUAUGGAAUGUCCCUGACGUCCUAAAGUUCUGCGCCUUCUACUUUGGAGGGUUUUCUGGAAUGGCUUCCCCAAUCUUGUAUUCCUGGCUCAACUCCACUCUCAAGGAGAACUAUGGUGAACGAGGUCUUAUUAUUUCCUCAAUGAUGACAUUGGGCUUCUGUGGCCAGAUCUGGGUUCCUCUGUUCACGUUCCCGACGGUUGAAGCACCGCGGUAUCCCCACGGGUACCCUGCAGCUACCGUGUUUGAGGUUGCCAUGUGGGCAUUCUUGAUGUUUGGCACGUGGUAUAUGAAGAGGUGGAAGCUAAAGCAUCCGGACCUGGAAACGAGGCUGGAGAACGAGCCCAUUGCGCAAGAAGGCUCUUCGGUUCUGGGAUCCGACUCUGACAGGCCUGACAUAGAGGCCGCCGUUCCGCAAGAAAAGAAGGGAGAAGAAAAGGUGGCAACCCAGGCUCUUAGAAACUAA